CGCAGAACCGUCAUCCACUUUGCGAUAUCACCUGACCACUUCACAACUGCUAUCUCACUGCCCUCGCCAACACCGCCGUCGCCAUCACCAUGGCGUCUUCUCGCCCGCAUCCGCAGAUCCUCUUGAUGGGCAUGCGUCGAAGCGGCAAGACGUCAUUACUCCAAGUCCUGCACCAUCACCUGCCACCAAACGAUACCCUCUACCUUGAUUCAACAUUGCGUCCUUAUGCCACAACCCUCCGUCCUUGGUCACCCGUCACCAUCUGGGAUGGCAUCACACCACAAGCUCCACUCACGCACGCAGCAAAAGACGGUAACGUUCUCCCCGAUGUAUCCCUCCCAAAUGGAGGCGGGCCGUUAUCCUGGAACAGCAUCUCCUCCAUCAUCUGGGUGCUCGACGCUCAAGACGACUACUUGCUCUCCCUCUCCCAGCUCCAUUCCCUCAUCUUAGUCGCAUAUGCAAACAACCCUCGCGUCCACGUCCACGUCUUCCUCCACAAGAUGGACGGCUUGAGCGAGGAUUACAGGGAUGAUACGCAGACGGAUGUCGAGAAGAGGAUCGAGGACGAUCUCACCGAUGCCAGUAGCAGCUUUCAAUUUGCCAGGGGUGUAAGCGGGCCGAGGAGGGACAGUGAGGGGGCAGUUCUCGAUGAUGACGACGCUGAAGGGGACAAGGUCGAUUGGACGAGGCUGGAGCGUAAAGCCGUGGAUCGAGCUACAGGGGCCGCCAGCAGCUCAGAUGAAGCCUCUGCCACGCCGUCGUCAGCAGCAGCAGCAGCAGCAUCGACAUCAAGAAGUCGCGAUCAGCCCACGGGAUCCUUCCGUCGCAGACGUCCUUCAUCAGCAAAAUCCUCUACCAACGGGCACGGCGUCUCUGGGUCAGGCAUGGUCGCCCUCGAGUCAGAGGUACGCCUCUCCCUCCACCAGACCAGCAUCUUCGACUCGUCCCUCUUUGUCGCCUUCUCCCGCGUACUGCAGGACCUCGUCCUAGCUUCGCCGGGCAACAUACUCCGCGGGGCGCUCAAUCGCUUGAUUGACGGCUUCGUCGACUCAUGCGCGCCUAGAGCUGAUGACCAGGACGAUGGAGAGGGAGCAGGGAUUCCGCAGCAUUCAUCGCCGGGUCAAGGAAGCCUCGCUAAGGAUCUUGCAGCCUCUACGGUCGGUAUCGCUCCCACGGCAGCUCAGUCGACCAACAAUGUCCUCGUCGAAAAGCUCUACCUCCUCGACCUGCCCACACGCACUUAUUUGGCCUCCGACUCAAGUCCAUUCGAUAAGACGACUUUUCAAGUCGUCUGUGACUACCUGGGAUUCCUCGUCAACUUGAGUGGCCUCUUUGCCAAUCUGAAGCAUCAAGGUGGGGCGAAGAUGGCCGAGGAUGUCACGGGUAACAAGAAGAGAUGGGGUUCCAGCACGCUCAGGCUGGCGUCGAUGAAUGCUGCUGCCGCCGGACCGUCAGUAGUAGGAGGAGCUGGCUCUGUCGCCGCACCAGGCGAAGGCGGCGAAGAUGUGCCAGGCAGUCCCAGCCUCUCCGCAGUGGGAGGCGUGAGCAAGGCUGAACCAGCCGGACCAGCAGCACCCACGGAGGAAGAGCUGCGACUCUGCUUCUGGCAACUGGACCAACGUCUUGCCCUCGUAGGCGUCAUAUCUGCUCAGCAGCAGCAACAGGUCGGCAUGUCGAGCAAGCACAGAGGCAGUGUCACGACGAUGAGCAGUCGACCGACGAGCAGGGCCAGCGAGCAGGAGGGUGAGGAGGAAGAAGAAAAGGAGAGAGGGGGCGAUGACGGUGAUAAAACGACGAUACCCAGCGGCAGCGCCAUUGAAGACGCUGCAGCGAAGACGAUCCAAACAGAGGCAGCAGCAGCAACAGCAUCAGACGCAGAAGCCCUUGUAGAGCAGAAUGUCGACAUCUUUCGACGCGCAAUUGCCGCCUUGCUUGAGGCUACAACCAUCCCGCCCGCCGCGGGCAAAGUGGGUGCGGAGGAGACGGCGGCGGGCAAGAAGGAGCCAAAGCAGGUGGUGAGGGAGCUAUGGAAGAGCAGCGGCGAGGAGGGAGGAGGGGGCCAGACAUCAGUCGCAGCUUAAGACGAUUGGGCGCGCACCUCUGGCCGCGACGAUCUUGUACAUGCUGCUUCUUUUCAUCAACUUCAUACCAGUUAUCCACAACCAUCUCGCGAUGGCAAGCAAGUUCAAAGCCAUGAGCAUUGCGGCACGAUGAGUGAGUGAGUGAGCGAGUCCUGACGUAGAUGAAUGAGUGUGGGAGACAGUGAGAGUCUGUGUGUAGUGAGAGAGGCUACGAAGCGUGAAGAUGAAAGACGAAACAAGAGAAAGAGAGGAUGAAGUCAAAGAUGAAAGAAGGAAUGAGGGAGGUAUUAUCGAGCUACGGAUGGAUCGUGGUCGUAAGGGAGAGUCCGGAGAAGAGGAU